UUGUUCCAAGUUGAAAGAAGGAAAAAGAAACUCUGCUCGUCGCUGAUUGGCUCAUCGGCCGGGAUCUGCAGGAUGGGGCGGAGUCUCGGGGAGCUGUGGCUCUGCUGUGUCUCCGCUCCGCUCAGAGGCUGCGUGGCUUCAACCGAAUCACUUCAGCCGUCUAACUUUUCUCUUCUUUGUCCCGAACCCGAUAAACUCCUCACUUUGACGGUAAACAAAUGGCUCAAUCGUUUCCGGUCUGUCUACAACUCGACACAUUCUUAAACUCCGACAAUAUUUUACUAAAAAUUGCGGCAUAACUUCAAAGGGAUCGAGGAAGGCGACAUAAAGAGGGGAAUCGAACCAGCUUCGUCUGAGGUCAAAGAUGUCUGUCAGCAACCACGAAAACAGGAAGUCUCGCUCCAGUUCCGGCUCCAUGAAUAUCCAACUCUUCCACAAGACGUCCCAUGCCGACAGCUUGUUGACUCAACUCAACCUGUUGCGCAAACGCAAAGUCUUCACUGAUGUCGUGCUGAAGGCUGGCAACCGCUCCUUCCCCUGCCACCGGGCUGUGCUGGCCUCCUGCAGCCGCUACUUUGAAGCCAUGUUCAGCGGAGGGCUCAGGGAAAGCCGUGCCGAUGACGUCAACUUCCACGACUCGCUCCACCCAGAAGUGCUGGAGCUGCUGCUCGACUACGCCUACUCGGCUAGAGUCAUCAUCAACGAAGAAAAUGCAGAGUCGCUGCUUGAGGCUGGAGACAUGCUUCAGUUCCACGACAUCAGGGAUGCAGCAGCAGAGUUCCUGGAAAAGAACCUGCACCCGUCUAACUGUCUGGGGAUGAUGCUGCUGUCCGACGCCCAUCAGUGCCAAAGACUGUACGAGCUGUCGUGGAGGAUGUGCCUGGCCAACUUUGCCACUCUCUUCAGGACGGAAGACUUCCUCAGUCUGCCUGGAGACAAAGUCAAAGAGUUGAUUCUGAGUGAGGAACUGGAGGUGGAGGAUGAGAGUCUGGUGUAUGAGGCUGUCAUAGACUGGGUCAAGGCAGACAUGGAGCAGAGGCAUGGCGAGCUGCCCGAGCUGCUGCGCUGUGUCCGACUGGCACUGCUGCCCGAGUCCUACUUGCUGAACAACGUGGCCUCAGAAGAGCUUGUGAUGUGCCACAAAGUGGGCCGUGAGAUCGUUGAAGACGCCGUGCGGUGCAAGAUGAGGAUCCUCCAGAAUGAUGGCAUCGUAACCGGGUUCUGUGCGCGGCCCAGAAAAGUCAGCCAGGCACUUCUGCUGCUGGGCGGACAAACGUUCAUGUGCGAUAAAGUCUACAUGAUCGAUAACAAGACCAAGGAGAUCACUCCCAAAACAGACAUCCCCAGCCCCAGGAAAGAGUGCAGUGCCUGUGCUAUCGGCUGCAAGGUCUAUGUCACUGGAGGCCGUGGCUCUGAGAAUGGAGCAUCCAAAGAUGUCUGGGUCUAUGACACCUUACACGACGAGUGGUCCAAAGCGGCGCCAAUGUUGGUAGCCAGGUUUGGACACGGUUCUGCAGAACUUGACCACAUGCUGUAUGUGGUAGGAGGACACACAUCUCUUGCUGGAUCCUUCCCAGCUUCCCCAUCCGUCUCCCUCAAACAGGUGGAACAGUACGACCCUCAGACUAAUAAGUGGACCCUGGUGGCGCCCCUCAGAGAAGGUGUGAGCAAUGCUGCCGUCGUUGGUGCCAAAAACAAACUGUUCGCUUUUGGGGGCACCAGUGUCAACAGAGACAAAUAUCCCAAGGUGCAGUGCUUCGACCCCUGCCAGAAUCGGUGGUCGGUACCUGCAAGUUGCCCACAGCUGUGGCGGUACACAGCGGCGGCCGUGGUCGGCAAUCACGUGGUUGUGAUUGGGGGGGAUACGGAGUUCUCGGCCAGUUCUGCGUACCGGUUCAACAGUGAGACGUACCAGUGGUCAAAGUUCGGCGAUGUGACCGCCAGAAGGAUCAGCUGUCACGCCGUGGCCUCAGGAAACAGACUUUAUGUGGUCGGUGGCUACUUUGGGGCUCAGAGGUGUAAGACUUUAGACUGCUACGAUCCAUCUUCAGACUCCUGGGACAGUGUGACCAGUGUGCCGUACUCGCUCAUUCCGACUGCCUUCGUCAGCACCUGGAAGUACCUCCCAGCAUAGAGAGACUCACGCCAACAAUUUUGAUGAGCCGUGGCGUCUGGCGUCUCUUCACCAGCUCCAAGAGGAAGAGGAGAACGAUGAAGAUGAAGGAGUUUGCAAAUCUCAUCACAGCUGGAUCCAACCCAUGGACCCACAACCGGACCCGUUUACUCAGACGUUUGUGUAACUUUCCCAUGCAGCCGGAGCAGGACCGGUUGCCAUGCUAACGGCAGAGCCCUCAAAGCCAUCUCCUUUAAGAACAUGCCCCCCCCCAUCCCCCCCAGUCCACCUACUGGGGCAAAUAAGCUACAGCAGAACCAUCACCACACACUUCCUUCUCACCUGGACUCCAUCAUCAGGGUUUCAAUGGUGCUUUCAUGUCUGAGAGGUCGAAACUUUACCAAGUUUUUGGAAAAACAUCCAUUAAAAAAAGUGCCUUUAAUCAUCGAAAUGCCGUUGAUUUAAGAACGCCAUUUUACUCUUCCUCUAGGGCUGCCACAAACGAUCAUUUUAAUAGUCGACUAAUCACCGAUUAUUUUUUCCGAUUAAUCGGGUCAUCGCAGAGUGAUGUAAAGCACACAACUUAACAGUCAUUUAAACUAACUAAAAAUA